GAUAUAGUUUCAGUUUCAACUGCACAAUAACGUCUUAUUUCAUCUUUCUUAACGGCGUAAAACCGGAAUAUAAACUGCUUUCAUCCUUCCUUUACUGUAUAAAGUGCACCCGGAGCGUGUGGUACUUUAACCAAAAAUAAGGUUUUGAUAAACAGGUCGAUAUUCGUGCGAUCUCCAUUACUUUCCCCACUGAACGAGCCCUGAAAGAGACACAGUGACCACAGCAACCCGUGGACGCCGCCGGGGGAGUCUGCCUGAUUUCUCUCCACACUACCCAGGAGUUCCGCUGCACCACACCGCGAGUCCCGGAGAGAUCAUCCAAACCAUGGCGUCACCGGGGAAACGCGAAGCAUCAUCGCCCCUCCAACUAUGCAGGGUUAUGCUGCCGGACGACGCCAAUAUUAUGGGCAACGUUCACGGUGGCAUCAUCCUCAAGAUGAUCGAGGAAGCUGGAAGCAUUGUCGGCACGAGACACUGCAACACACAGAAUGAAGACCAUUGUUUGGCAGCUCUGGUUCGGGUGGAGAAGACAGAGUUUCUAUCCCCCGUGUUCAUUGGCGAGGUGGUCCACGUCUCCGCAGAGAUCACUUACACCUCCAAGCACUCGCUGGAGGUUCAGGUCAAGGUCAUCGCUGAAAACAUCUUGACAGGUACAAAAAAGCUGGCGAACAAGGCAGCGCUGUGGUAUGUCCCUUGUUCUCUGCAGAAUGUUGACAAGAUCACAGAGGUGCCUCCUAUUAAGUAUGCUAGUGCAGAGCAGGAAGAAGAAGGCAGGAAGCGCUAUGAAGCACAGAAGAUUGAGAGACUGGAGACCAAAGCGAGGGUUGAGGAGGUGAUGCCACCUCCACCGAACCCAGAGGAUGCACCGAAAGCAGAAAGGUUCACAGUUGGCUUCAGCCAGUCCACGCUGAUCCAUUUGGUGGGGCCUUCAGACUGCACACUAAAUGACUUUGUCUAUGGGGGUGUCACCAUGAAGCUGAUGGACGAGGUAGCUGGAAUUGUGGCCGCUCGGCACUGCAACACCAACAUCGUCACUGCUUCUGUGGAUGCCAUAAACUUUCAUCGCAAGAUUAAGAAAGGUUGCGUGGUGACAGUAACGGGCCGGCUCACAUUUGUCAGCAACAGGUCUAUGGAAAUAGAAGUGCUAGUAGAUGCAGAUCCACUGGUGGAAAAGGAGAAAGGGAAAUAUCGUGCUGUCUCAGCGUUUUUCACCUUCAUCUCACUCGACAAGGAAAAUAAGCCUCUAAAUGUCCCGCCUCUAAAGGUUGAAGGAGAGGAAGAGCAGAAACAUUUUGAAGAGGGCAAGGCACGUUACCUCCAGAACAAAGCAAAGAGACUUGCAGAAAAGGAGCGUUUGCAGUGACACUGUGGCUCAGCUGAAUCAACAGCAGAAACAUAGUUUUAUUGAUCCCACAUGGUAUAUACGCAGUAUGAAGGAGUUGAUGCCUCUCUGUUAUUGUAGCCUGUUAAACCGUAUUGUGUGACCCUGUUUUACAGCAGCGCUACUCACCAAAUUUUUCCCGUAUACAGUUGUGCAAUAUCAAUGUAAAAGUAAUGGUACUCUUUUUUUUUUAAGUUUAAGGAGAGUUUUAUUAAUGUACUGUAUGUUGAAGUAUUCCUUAUCACUGUUGGCAUUAACUAACAGUGGCAUUGUAGAAAUACUAUAUUGUUUAGCGGGAAUAUCUCUAAGCUCUAACUAUAGAGCUUUGGCUUUGAGGUCAGUGCAAAGUGAUACUGAGAGUGCAAGGGAAGUGAUGAAUAAGUGAGUGAAUAAUAAUAAAUAAAAGGAGCCAAGCAUGA